GGCGGGAAGGACGGGCGGAGUGGCGCGCCGCCGGAGCCUCCGCGGCCAUGGCCGAGCACGCCGCUCGCCGCUGCUGCCUGGGCUGGGACUUCAGCACGCAGCAGGUAAAAGUUGUUGCUGUUGAUGUAGAGCUGAAUGUCUUCUAUGAAGACAGUGUGCAUUUUGACAGAGAUCUUCUAGAAUAUGGGACUCAGGGUGGAGUUCACGUUCACGAGGAUGGGCUGACAGUGACUUCUCCAGUCCUGAUGUGGGUGCAGGCUUUGGAUAUCAUCUUGGAGAAGAUGAACGCUUCGGGCUUUGACUUCUCUCAAGUCCUCGCCUUGUCUGGGGCAGGCCAGCAACAUGGAAGUGUGUACUGGAAGGCUGGGGCCAGCCAGGUGCUGACAAGCCUGUCCCCGGACCGCCCGUUGCACGAGCAGCUGCAGGCCUGUUUCUCCAUCAGUGACUGCCCAGUGUGGAUGGACUCCAGCACCACAGCCCAGUGCCGCCGGCUGGAGGCCGCCGUGGGUGGGGCCCAGGCUCUCAGCUGCCUCACUGGGUCCCGUGCCUACGAGCGAUUUACAGGAAACCAGAUUGCAAAGAUUUACCAGCAGAACCCUGAGGCCUACUCACACACGGAGAGAAUUUCCUUGGUCAGUAGUUUCGCUGCUUCCCUGUUCCUUGGGUCUUACUCCCCUAUUGACGACAGUGACGGUUCUGGAAUGAAUUUGUUGCAGAUUCAGGACAAAGUCUGGUCACAGGCUUGCCUUGGUGCCUGUGCACCUCGUUUAGCGGAGAAGCUCGGCCAGCCGGUGCCGUCGUGCUCAGUGGUGGGAUCCGUUUCUCCCUACUUUGUCCAGCGCUACGGGUUUCCUCCAGGAUGCAAAGUGGUGGCCUUCACUGGGGACAACCCCGCAUCGCUGGCAGGCAUGAGGCUGGAGGAAGGUGACAUUGCGGUCAGUCUGGGCACCAGCGACACCCUAUUUCUCUGGCUCCAGGAGCCCACACCCGCCCUGGAAGGCCACAUCUUCUGCAACCCGGUUGACCGCCAGCACUACAUGGCGCUCCUGUGCUUUAAAAAUGGCUCCCUCAUGAGAGAGAAGAUCCGCGAUGAGUCUGCUUCCAGUUCCUGGAGCGAGUUCUCUAAGGCUCUGCAGUCCACAGAGAUGGGAAACAGCGGAAACCUGGGUUUUUAUUUUGACGUAAUGGAGAUCACCCCGGAAAUUAUUGGGCGUCAUAGGUUUAGUGCAGAAAACCAUGAGGUCUCAGCAUUCCCCUGGGAUGUGGAGAUUCGAGCACUGAUCGAGGGACAGUUCAUGGCCAAGAAGAUUCAUGCCGAGGGCCUGGGCUAUCGAGUCAUGCCUAAGACAAAGAUUUUGGCCACUGGAGGAGCAUCUCACAACAGAGACAUCCUACAGGUGCUUGCAGAUGUGUUUGGCGCCCCUGUGUAUGUCAUAGACACUGCCAACUCAGCCUGUGUGGGCUCCGCUUACAGAGCUUUCCAUGGCCUUGCAGCUGGAACAGAUGUGCCCUUUUCAGAGGUUGUGAAGUUAGCCCCCAAAACCAGGUUAGCAGCUACCCCAACCCCGGGAGCAUCUCAGGUCUAUGAGGCCCUCCUCCAGCGAUAUGCCAUGCUUGAGCAGAGAAUCCUGACCCAGGCCCGGGGGCCUCCGGAGUGAAUUCUGCAGGCCCAGGCUCACUGAUCCCACUUGGAGACGUGGCCUUGGACAGUAGGAAUCCUCUUCGCUGUUCCAGGCAGCUCUGCCUGCCCACCUGACUCCUUGCGGGGCUCUAGCCCUGCCUGGGACCACCUUAAAGCCCACUUUAGCACAUCCUCCUGAACACACAUGGGCUGCUUGUGUCCCUGUGCCCUUGUGCCCAGGGCAGGAAAGCAUCUCUUUUCCUGUCUUUUAUCCCAGGAGGCAAGAUAACACUGAAUCUGGGAUAUGUCCAAUAAAAAUUGUGAUUUUUCCUCUUUUGGGACCUAAAUCAGCAGAAUGGAAGAGACAAAGCAAAAUAAAUAGAUUCUUUCCUCUUUAUUCACUAGUUUUCAGGAUGAUGAGUUGAUUCCCAAGCAUCCUCUAACAGCAACUAGAUUUUUAAUAUCCAUGUGAUACAUUUAACAUACUUUAUGUGUCUUAAUCCAUUGCAGUAAUUAUUUUUCUCCUCGUCUUCUUUCUGACAGCCAUUCUCUCCAGCUUUUCUCCUGAUUUCCUGAUCUGUCAUUCAUUCUUUCUUCUUUACUGAUACUUCUGCUCUACUACUCCUUAAUGAUUGCUGGGCCCCCAAAUGUCUGUUCUCAUUCCUCUCUCCCUCUGAUUCUGUCCUCUCUUGUUGGAUGAUUUCAUCUAGCCUUGGGCUUCAACUGCUGCUUAUAUACUAGUAACACCCAGCUCUAGGUUUCCAGCCAGAACUCUCCUUGCAGUCAGCCAGCAUUCUCACAGGGAUACCUGAGACUCCACUUAUCUUCCCUUGCCCUUCCCCAGACCUCCUCCUCCAGAGUUCCUGUUUUAGUGAAUUGGUACCACCGACCAUCCAUUCAUUCAUUCAUUCAUUCAGGAACCCAAACCCAAAACUCAGAUAUCCGCUGUCCCACAUCCAAUCAGUCACAAAGUGAUUUUGGUUAUUCCUUUGGUAACUCUUAAAGCAGUUCCUUUCUCUCCAUCCCUCCCUGUUUUACUUUAGACGCCUUUAUUCCUUGUUCAAAUUAUUGCAGAAGCCUCCAUAGAAAGUCCUCUGUGAUCUGCCUGCUGCAAAAUCCUCCAGAUUUUUCUUCUGCCGCAGGCCCACACCUAAGUUGAAGCUUCUGUUAAACCAAACUAUUUGUGCUUUCACCCAGAGGAGAAAAAUGCUACAACAGGUAUGAGACCUAGUGGAUCAGGGCAGAGACUACUGGGAAGUCAAGGGAAGGGGGUUAGAAAAUGAGUUAGGACCAGAGACAUCACUUGUGAGAAAGAUGAAGUCAUCCUGAAAGGGAGGGGUAUCCCUUGCACGCUUGGUGGAUGAAGGCAAGAAGGGAAGCAAGAAGUUGAAGAUAACAGCUAUCAACAGCAUGUCAAAGAUUCAGAAGAAAACAGACAACUCUCCCCACCACCACCACCACCACCUAGACAUUACUUAUUAAAGAAAUAGCUUUAUUGGCCAACAGAAAAGGUCUCUUUUCUACCAAGAAACAGAGAAAGCCACUCAGUCCAUUCCCCAUUUUACCCCUGUCCCUAUAGAGUUGCCCAUUAUUACAAGGAUGUCAAAAAUAGAAAAAGAAACUCACUAUUUAUACAACUAUGGGAGGAAAACAGAGUGAGAAUCAUAAUUUUUCAAGCUAAUGGAAUACUCCAAAUAAAAAAGGACAAAGAGGGUAAAUUAUAACAACCCUCCAACAUGAACUUUAAAAUAAAAAACAAUGGUGGAUAUGAAAGAAUACCACAGACCAGAAAUUCAGAAACUCAGAAUAAAAAUGAAAUCGCAACAGGCAUAUAUGGAAAGAGAACUGACCAAACCUGGGAAACAAUUUGAAUAGAAAGAUAAAAACAUCCUAGGGACUUCCCUAGUGUCACAGUGGUUAAGAAUCCGCCUGCCAAGGCAGGGGACACGGGUUCGAUCUCUGGUCUGGGAAGGUCCCACAUGCCUUGAAGCAACUAAGCCAGCGCACCACAACUACUGAGCCUGCGCUCUAGAGCCCACGAGCCACGACUACUGAGCCUGUGAGAAGCCACUGCAAUGAGAAGCCUGUGCAUCUCGAGGAAGAGUAGCCCCAGCUCACUGCAACCAGAGAAAGCCCACGUGCAGCAGCAGAGACCUAAUG